AUGCCAAACGAAUACAAUAAUGGUCUUUUCAGUUGUUUCAACAACCUUGGCCUGUGUGUUGUCACUUACUUCGCACCAUGCUACACGCAAGGAAAGGUAGCAGAAGCCGUCGGCGAUGACUGCUUGUUAUGUGGACUGUCUGUUUUUGUUCCUCUCCUCGACAUCUGGGCCCGUGCCUCAAUACGAGGAAAAGUGCGUGAGCAGAAGGGCAUAGAGGGAGGUUUUAUCGGUGAUCUAUGUCUCGCAUGUUGGUGUUACCCCUGCAGUUUGAUGCAAGACGCCCAAGAGAUGAAUAUUCCAUCGCCAUUUGGAUCUUCGAUGGCUCGCACUUAA